UUCUCGGCGCCUUCUAUCCUCACCUUUUCUUGUCUGUUCCUCUUUACUGCCUGUCCAAGUUUGAACCUGGCCUCUCGUAGAAUUGAAGUCGCUUCAUAAGAUACCCCAAUCCAUUCUCACUGAUCAACGCUUCUUGAGCUCACAAUGGCCGACUUUGACGUCGAAGACGUGCUCAAGAAGCUCACCGUCUCCGAGAAGGUUGACCUUCUCGCCGGUAUCGACUUCUGGCACACCAAGGCUCUACCCAAGCACAACAUCCCCUCAAUCAGACUCUCCGACGGACCCAAUGGCGUACGCGGUACCAAAUUUUUCAAUGGUAUCAAGGCAGCCUGCUUCCCUUGCGGAACGGCUCUCGGUGCCACCUUCAACACCGAGCUCCUAGAGGAGGCCGGCAGGAAGAUGGGUGAGGAGGCCAAUCUCAAGGGAGCCCACUGCAUCCUGGGCCCUACCAUCAACAUGCAACGCUCCCCUCUCGGUGGCAGAGGAUUCGAGUCCAUCGGUGAAGACCCGGUAUUGGCUGGUCUUGGCUCUGCUGCCAUUGUGAAAGGAAUCGAGAGCACUGGCAUCCAGGCGACGCCUAAGCAUUUUGUGUGCAACGACCAGGAGCACAGGCGCAACGCCGUCCAGAGCAUCGUGACGGAGCGCGCCCUGCGUGAGAUCUACGCGCUUCCUUUCCAGCUGACCUUCCGUGACGCCUCACCGGGUGCCCUCAUGACAGCCUACAACGGCGUCAACGGCACAUCCUGCAGUGAGAACCAUGAUCUGCUGGAGAAGCUGGUCCGCCAGGAGUGGGGCUGGGACGGCAUGAUCAUGAGCGAUUGGUACGGAACCUACAGCACCACGGAAGCGGUCAACGCCGGUCUCGAUCUCGAGAUGCCUGGCCCCCCUCGCUUCCGCGGAGAGCCUCUCAAGUUCAACGUGUCGACGGAUAAGGUCCGCCAGCACGUUCUCGAUGAGAGAGCUCGCGCUAUGCUCAAGUUCGUUAAGAAGGCUGUGGCUACCGGCAUCCCCGAGGGUGCCCCUGAGAAGACGGGUGACACUCCAGAGACCGCCGAGUUGCUGAGGCGCAUUGGUGGCGAGAGUAUUGUCCUGCUCAAGAACGAUGACAACGUGCUCCCCCUGAAGAAGGACAAGAAGACAGUUGUCAUGGGCCCCAACGCCAAGAUCGCCACCUAUCAAGGAGGUGGUUCCGCCUCCCUGGCCGCCUACUACUCCGUCACCCCCUUCGACGGCAUCAGCAAGAAGCUCACCUCGCCCCCAGAGUACACAGAGGGUGCCUACUCUCACAAGCUCCUGCCCCUCCUCGGUAACGUCUGCACAUCAGCCGACGGCAAGGCCGGCAUGACCAUGCGCGUUUAUAACGAACCUCCUACGGACCACAGCCGCGAGGCCAUCGACGAGCUCGUCCUCACCAAGACGGAGCUGCUCCUGGUUGACUACUAUAACCCCAAGCUCUCGUCCGACCUCUGGUACGCCGACUUUGAGGGCUCCUUCGUCGCCGAGGAGGACUGUACCUACGAGCUCGGUGUCAUCGUCUGCGGCACGGCCAACCUCUUUGUCAACGACAAGCUCGUCAUUGACAACACCACCAAGCAGCGCCAGGGCGACGCCUUCUUCGGCGCCGCCACCGUUGAGGAAAAGGGCCGCGUCGAGCUCAAGAAGGGCCAAAAGUACACCUUCAAGGUCGAGUUCGGCUCGGCCCCGUCGUCCAAGCUGCAGGGCGACAACGUUGUCUUUGGCAGCGGCGCCCUCCGCAUGGGCGGCUGCAAGGUCAUUGACGACAAGGCCGAGAUUGAAAAGGCCGCCGCCCUCGCCAAGGACGCCGACCAGGUCAUCAUCUGCUCCGGCCUCAACGCCGAUUGGGAGACGGAGGGCAACGACCGCGCCGACAUGGACCUGCCGGGUUUCCUCAACAAGCUCAUCUCCGCCGUCGCCCAGGCGAACCCCAACACGGUCGUCGUCAACCAGUCCGGCACCCCCGUGCGCAUGCCGUGGGCCAAGGACGUCAAGGCCCUCGUCCAGGCGUGGUACGGCGGCAACGAGACGGGCAACGCCAUCGCCGACGUGCUCUUUGGCGACGUCAACCCCUCGGCCAAGCUCUCCCUCAGUUUCCCCGAGCGCGUCCAGGAUAACCCGGCCUACCUCAACUACCGCGCCGAGGCCAGCCGCACGCUGUACGGCGAGGACGUCUACAUUGGCUACCGCUACUACGAGUUCCUCGACCGUCCCGUGCUCUUCCCCUUUGGCCACGGCCUGUCGUACACGACCUUCUCCUUUGGAGACCUCAAGGUCCGCGAUGCAGACGGCAAGCUCGCUGUCGACGUGACGGUCACGAACACGGGCAAGGUGGCCGGUGCCGACGUCGUCCAGGUGUACGUCGCGCCCAAGCAAAAGGCGAAGAUCAACCGCCCCAUCAAGGAGCUCAAGGGCUUCGCCAAGGUGUCGCUUGCGCCUGGCGAGAGCAAGAAGGUCACGGUCGACAUUGAGACCAAGUACGCCGCCAGCUACUUUGACGAGGAGCGCCACCAGUGGUGCGCCGAGGAGGGCGAGUACGAGGUCAUUGUCAGUGACAGCAGUGUCAUUACGGACAAGGCUCUCAAGGGUAGCUUCAAGGUCAGCGAGACGUACUGGUGGUCUGGUUUGUAAAAGAUUCUCAUGUUUCACAAUGUAAAAGCAGGGAGCAUUGGAUUGGGAGAAAAUGUUUAGGAUAUGCAAGAUUGAAUGAAUGAAUGAUAUCUAUGCAUGAUAGUUUGCUUCGUAGUCCAGGCAGAAACGUCCGUUUGGUAGAGAUAGUAAUGCUCACAUAUGUCCGCCGCAAUAUUAAUGCUGUGUCGUAUCUUUCGUGUCAUUCGUAAUCGUCACACGCCAAAUCGAGGCGAUAUGUUCAAGGAAACUUUCAAAUCACAAAUACCCCCCACCUGCCAAUGAUCAAGUGCAAGCCCGGCACUGCAACCUACGCCGCGCUUUCGCUCUUCCGCCUUAUGUCCUCAUCUGAGCUCGGU